AUGGAUGUCUACCGAGGCGAACAUGCCCCUGCUCACCCAGUCUUCUCCGAGGGAUCCGCUGCGAAGAGUGUUCAGAUAGAUGAACCGCUCAAGGACGUUCAAGACAUCGUAUACACCGAGGAAGAUGACAAGAUUAUCGAGGACUGGUUAAAGCAGACCAUUGGUAGUUGUUGGCACUCGAUGGGUACCUGCAAAAUGGCGCCGCAGGAUCAGGCGGGUGUAGUAGACUCGAGGUUAAGGGUUCAUGGCGUGCAAGGACUCGCGGUGGCUGAUUUGAGCAUCUGCCCCGACAACGUGUCAGCCAAUACAGGGGCCACCGCGUUCGCCAUUGGAGAAAAGGCAGCGGCCAUCUUUAUCGAGGACCUUGGACUCGGUCAGUCGCCUUAA